AUGUACAACAAUCCAAAAGGAGAGGCGACCAAGUUCAUGAUGGUCGGAGACAACCUGCUCGAGCUCCAGGUGGCUCGUCCGCGCGAGCCCCAGGAGCUGGCCAGCUUCUUCAUCGACCAGGCCGUCCAGCAAGACGGCGCCGUCCACGCCGCCUCGAGGGUGGACCCGUUGUUCCUCCUCCUGCCCGUGCUGGCGAAGCACGCCACCCGGUGGUGCCCGCUAGCCCAGGCCAUGGCGGAGGGGGGGUGCGGCAGCUUGAGGGGCCUCAGGCAUCUCGACGCGGACAAGCUUUGCGAUGUGAACGACCGAAUGGGCCCAGACGAUCUGCUUAUCCGAAUCAACGAGGAAUCCGUUCUGGCUUGGCUCACCGCUAAGGUCGAGCGUGCAACGAGAAGAUUCACGGAGCUCGCAACCGGGGGGGGGGAGGAGUCCGGUUGGGCGGGCGGGGGCGCGGCGGCGGGAGGCGCAGGGUUUGCUAGAGAUUUUCAGGCGAUUGCGGCGCCGAUGGAUGCGAGGAUGCAGAAGGAGGUGGAAGCGGAAUGCAAGCAGCGCGCUCUGGAGGCUGUCUGCGAGUACCUUGGAGACGAGUGGGCGACGAAGCUGGCGGAAAGAUUUGGCACGGAGCGGGGAGUCUUGUUCGGAGGUAGAUCGACUGCCACGAAGAAGCGCAAGACUGUAUGGGAAGAGACGGCGGAGACGGAUCGUAACCUGGAGCUGUCGCACGGUAGCGGCGGGGGACAGAAAGCGAAGACCGAAGCAGCGGCAGCCGCGACGAAAGCGAAGCAGCCGCUGAGCCACGCACAGAGGAGCCUUGCGAAGGUGAACAAGAAGGGGAUGAAGAGCAUUUCUAGCUUCUUCGGGAAGAAGUGAAGGAGGCUUUCCCGCCUCUCGAGUGGGCUGUGUUUCAUGGUUUCGUGCAACACACCGGAGACAUCCGAUAGGCGGAGAACAAGAAGAGUACGUUUUGGCAUAUUUAAUGGGGUUGCAACGACGGGCGCGUGGGCAAUGGAAGCGUACGUUUUGGUGUUCAGGGGGGGUUGUCGUGAGGACUCUUGUCUACUCAAGACGAUUAAUCGGAUACAAACGUCACAUCGUAUGUUGUGGAUUCGUCGUGUUUUGACGUUGUGUUCGGCGAGAAACAGGCGCGAGAGGGAUGUAACCUUUAAACGUCGAGCGACAGUGAUAAAUAGCGGUAACAUGACUUGGAGAAAAAAAAGCGAGGAUCUCUGUAGAGAUUGUUUUUUCCGAAUCGUACAGAGUCGACCUGCGUUGUUCUUUCACACGUUUUUGUGUUGUGUGCGG